GCAGCGCCGGAGCCGGAGGCAGCCGCACGCGGAGCGGAGCGCGGAGCCCGGCGGCGCCCCGGGUCCCCGCCGCGCCCCUGGGACUGUGUAGCGCCCGCGCGCGCGGCACAGGCGAGGACCGGACUCUGUUGACUCUCGCGGCGUCCGGGGCGCCGGGCGACUCUCGGCAUUUUCGGACUCAACUCGUGGCUCGGAACGGCCCCGCUCCGAGCGCGGCCGGCGGCUUGUCGGACCCCAGCCCUGGCCGCGGCCGCCGCGCGCGCCCUCGGUAGACUCGGCGGGGCGAGGGCGCGGGCCGGCCUCGGGGCUCUGCGUGUGCGCCGCGGGCGGGCCGAGGGCUGACUGGAGGGGGGUCCCCGGAGGGCCGGUUCGGGAUCUGUUGCGACCAGCAUGGAGGAGAAUGACCCUAAGCCCAGCGAAGCGGCGGCGGAGGGGCAGCGGCAGGCGGGCUCCAGCCCCGGCGGCGGCCCGGGCGACGCGGACACUGGCCGCCGGCGGGCUCUGAUGCUGCCCGCGGUCCUGCAGGCGCCGGGCAACCACCAGCACCCGCACCGCAUCACCAACUUCUUCAUCGACAACAUCCUGCGGCCGGAGUUCGGCCGGAGAAAGGACGCGGGGACGUGCUGCGGCGGCGGCGAAGGCGGCGCGGGCGGCGCGGAGGGAGGCGGCGCCGAGCAGCCCCCGGGGCCGGGCCGGGAGCCCCGGCAGAGCGCGCCGGGUGCGCCGAGCGCCGGCGGACCGCUGCCCGGCGGCGGCGGCGACUCUGCGGGCGAAGGGGAAGGCGGCUCCAAGGCGCUCUCUCUGCACAGCGGCGCUAAGAAAGGCGGCGACCCCGGGGGUUCCCUGGACGGGGCGCUCAAGGCCCGCGGCUUGGGCGGCGGCGACCUGUCGCUGAGCUCGGACUCGGACAGUUCGCAGGCCGGCGCCAACCUGGGCACGCAGCCCAUGCUCUGGCCGGCCUGGGUCUACUGCACGCGCUACUCGGACCGGCCUUCUUCAGGCCCCAGGUCCCGCAAACCAAAGAAGAAGAACCCCAACAAGGAGGACAAGCGGCCGCGGACGGCCUUCACGGCGGAGCAGCUGCAGAGGCUCAAGGCCGAGUUCCAGACCAACAGGUACCUGACCGAGCAGCGGCGCCAGAGCCUGGCGCAGGAGCUCAGCCUCAACGAGUCGCAGAUCAAGAUCUGGUUUCAGAACAAGCGCGCCAAGAUCAAGAAGGCCACGGGCAACAAGAACACGCUGGCCGUGCACCUCAUGGCCCAGGGCCUGUACAACCACUCCACCGCCGCCAAGGACGGCAAGUCGGACAGCGAGUAGGCCCGCGCGCCAGCGGGCCGGCGCCGGGACCUGUGCGCGCUCAACAAUGCAAUAAUUUAAAACCGUGAAUAAAGGGCCAGUGUAUAAAGAUGAUACCAGCAUUUAUAGUGAAAAGCUCGUGUAUUAGCGAUGGUUCUGCAAUAUUCUAUGUGUAUAUAAUUUACAGGCGGUGUAAAAUCCAAAAUAUCUGACUAUAAAAUAUUUUUUUGAUUUUUGUGUGUGUGUUUAUGAGAUUAUGCUAAUUUUAUGAUUUUUUUUUUGCAAAGGGGGCUGCUUAGGGUGUCACCUUUUUUAAUCCCCUAAGCUCCAUUAUGGGACAUUGGACACUUUUUUUUUUAAUUUCAAAAGAAGAAAAAAAUUAAAACAACUUGCUGAAGUCCAAAGAUUUUUAUUGCUGCAUUUCACACGACUGUGAACCGAAUAAAAAGCUCCUACUUGGUC